GUCAAAAAGACAAUAACCCCUCUCAAAUUCCCAGGGGGAAUCCCCAUCCAUUUAACCCCUCCCGAAUCUGUGAUUUCAGCCUUGCAUUCCCUGUCUUCUGAUUCGCCACUCCAUCGCCAUCAACAAUACGGAUAAUAUCUAUAAUCCAAACCACAACAAUUUUCCAACCUCAUCACCACCUAAACACCACGCACACACAACAAUGGCAUCCUUCGCACGCCCCCUCUUCCAAUCGGCUCUCCGCCACGCCGCCCGCCCCUCCAUCCCCUCGGCCUUCACUCGCUCCCCCCUCCCAGCGCGCCGUUUCCUCUCCGCCGAGACCAAGACCGCCAUCACCGAAGCGGUCGGUUCGGCGCCCGUGGUGCUCUUCAUGAAGGGCACACCCGAGACGCCCCAGUGCGGGUUUUCGCGCGCGAGUAUCCAGAUCUUGAGUUUGCAGGGGGUGGAUCCGGGGAAGUUUACUGCGUUUAAUGUUUUGGAAGAUGAUGCUUUGAGGUCGGGUAUGUUGUUCCCCAUCCCCUUCAUUUUUGUUGAUGGCGGUAUGGGUUUGGUGAAGGGGGGCAAAGGCUGACAGUGUGUAGGCAUCAAGGAGUUCUCAGACUGGCCAACGAUCCCCCAGCUAUACGUCGACAAGGAGUUCGUAGGCGGCUGCGAUAUCCUCGUUUCCAUGCAUCAGAAUGGCGAGUUGGCGAAGCUGUUUGAGGAGAAG